CAAUUUGUUGUUGCGUUCCAAUUUGUUUAAUGUAGCGGAGAAUAAUUUUUUUGUAGUUGUUUUUUGUAUCAAAAAUUUCAGUAGAAAAACAAAUCAAGAAUUAAAUUAAUUCACUUCUCUCAUUUGAAAAACAUAACUUUGUUUUUACAUCACUAAAAGGGAAUAAAAGAAGAAAAUUAAUAUACCUACUUUCCCCUAAAAAAUAAGUGUUUUUUUGUUGUGAAGUUUUGUGAAAUCAAAAAUAAAAUAAAAAUCAAUUUGAUUUUUGCGACGUUUUGUUUCAAAACCGUUUAAAAAGUGUACUGUUGUGGUUCCAAGAAAAUUAAAAAUAUUUAUUUGUAAACAAAUACAAAAUAGGCAACAAAAUAAGUGAAAUAAAAUAUUUACCCAUCACAAUGGACGACGAGGAAGAAGAAGUCACAGAUCCAAAACUACAAGUUUUUCAUAAUACAGUUAGGGAACACAUCAUCUUCCUCCUGCUGCUGAUGUUACUUUACUCCUCAUCAUAUGCUUUGAUUGUACGUUUUCGUCGAAACGACCGCGAAGAUCUAUUCUCCAAUGAUAAGGAUGAAAUACUUGUUUAUCGAAUAAGUUCAUGGCUGUGUACUUUUUCACUUGCAAUUGCUGUUGGAGCUGCUCUCCUUUUGCCCAUUUCAAUUGCUAGCAAUGAAGUUUUGCUGUUGUAUCCAAAUAGCUACUACGUUAAAUGGCUAAACAGCUCAUUAAUACAAGGGCUCUGGAACCACGUUUUUCUGUUUUCCAAUUUAUCACUCUUCGUAUUUUUACCAUUUGCGUAUUUAUUUUCCGAGUCGACUGGAUUCUCGGGUCACAAGAAGGGAGUAAUAGCCCGUGCCUAUGAGACAUUUACUGUUUUCAGUUUAUUGGCAACAGUGGUACUUGGAUUAACCUAUGUUCUAUCAGCAGUAAUGGAUCCUGAGAAAAUUGGAUUUCUAUCACUACUGAAUCUUGGGAGCGUUCAUUUGCCCUUUUUGUAUUCCUGUGUUUCGUUCCUGGGUGUGUUACUUUUACUGGUGUGCACACCAUUUGGAUUCAUUCGCUUAUUCGGAGUUGUAGGACAAGUCCUAGUGAAACCUCACCUGCUGCGAGAUGUUAAUGAUGAAUACACAGCUUUCCAUCUGGAGGAGGCCAGUGUGCGACGCAAGCUUGCAAACAUUGAGCUCCUUAACGUCAGUGUAACUGACAUUAACGGUCGCAGCCGUAGAUUUCAUCCAAGCUUUGAGAGUAUUUAUCAACGAAAAACACUCAAUGGUGAUUCAACUGAAUUGGCCAAACUUAAUGAAAGACUGAGAUUAUUAGAGUCUGAACGACAAGAGCUGGAAAAGCUUAGAAGCUCUUCAGCAAUGCAAAGGAAUUUUGUUUAUCCUUUGGCUAUGCUCUUGUUAUUGUUCUUCACCGGUAUUACGAUAUUAUUGGUGGUGCAAAAUACGCUAGAAUUGCUUAUUGGAAUAAAAGCAUUGCCAUUAAGUACAAGGCAAUUCACACUGGGAAUUUCAUCACUUUCAAAACUCGGCCCAAUUGGUGCUGGGCUAGAGGUAUGUCUGAUAUUCUAUUUGGGUGCAACUUCAGCUGUUGGUUUCUAUACAAUGCCAUUUAUGAAAAAUGUCCGCCCACAAAAGAGAAAAACAUCACUGUCACAGUUAAUUAUGAAUUGUGCACUAGUACUGAUACUAAGCUCGGCGUUGCCACUACUUUCAAGAAUAAUAGGCAUUACAAAUUUCGAUCUUCUCGGAGACUUCGGUGCCAUCGAAUGGUUGGGUAAUUUUCAAAUUGUUCUCCUUUACAAUUUGGUUUUCGGAACCACAACAGCACUCUGUCUGGCUAAUAAGUUUACAGCAACUGUGCGACAAGAACUUUGCGCUCGGUUAGUAGAAAACUACGUUAUCUUCACGAAUUACAUGUCAUUCAUUAACUGAUGUUUUGUCAAGCAGAGACCAACAGUAGCAGCAGCUUUUGCUGCUGCUGUUGCAAGGACUGCACGCAAAAGGCACAAGUUUUAAGUGAUUAAUUUAAAAAAAACAUACACAUUUUAAUUAUAAUAAUCUACAUUUACAUAUUAUCAACAUAACUGCUUCAACUAAGAGCUACAAUAUAGCGACUAAAAAAUGUUAAAUAAUAUUUAAAAUAAAAUAGACUGCCUUUAAAGUAUAUUUAAUUUUAGCUCUUCAAUCAUGCAGUUCCACUAAUCGAUAUAUAAACUUAUCACAGAAAAAAAUGUAAUUGUAAAAACUAUGAAUUUGAUAAAUGAUAUGAGAAUAAGUAUGAAUUUUUCGAAUUUAUACAAAUAUUCCGAUUAUGAAAGAUUCUGUGAGAAGCUUGAUUUUUUCCAAUACACAAUAGCUACUAAAUUUUCAAUUUAAAUGCAUAACAAAAACAAAUUUGUAUCGCAAAUAUGUACAUAAAUUGAAAAUAUGAGUACCUUAUGGGUAUACGAAAAAAAAAUAUUGCUAAUUCAAAUAUCGAAACAAAUUAAUUUUCAGUUUUAAAAAAAUGCACUUACUAACAAUGAAAAUACACUAAAUUAUUGUCAAUCAUUAUGUACGUUAUGUACGAUUUCGUUAAGAGUUUGCGUUAAAUAUUACAUACUGUACUUAUAAAUAUAUAUAUGUAUUAUCUUAUUUAAUUGUACUUUAAAAUAAUCCUUACAUAGUUAUAGUUAAAAAGCCAAGAAAGAAAACAGAAACGAAUGCUUUUUCUUUUCAUGCGGCUGUUUUAAAUCUAAAAGUAUGUUUAGUUUAUGUAUAAGUUUUACCAAUUUAUUUUUGUCUUUGACUGUAAAAGAGUGAGUUAUAAUUUUAACAAAAACAACUAUUUUUAUCUAAAAACAAAACUGCAAAAAAGGCAAAGAAAAAAACAAAAAUUUACAAUGAUAUCACCUCCCUAGUCGUUUAAAAAUUUCAUUUUAUUAUGUAUAGAUUUGAGAUUUUUUAUAUGUAUAUUUUUAGAUUUAAAAUUUAAAAGAAAAAUAAGGAAAUUUCAUUAAUUUUCUUUCUUAUUUGUGAAGAAUUUUUUGUAUCAAGUUUAAAUCUUAUCGUUGUAUAAAUUCAUCAAUUUAAAAUAAUUAUUUAAUUAUGUUUAUUAAGAUUUUUUGUCUAAAUGAUAAUACUAUGUAUUUUUCUUCAUUUUACAUUCUUAUUUUGUUUCCUUAAAAUGAAAAAAAAUAAAAUAAAAUACUUCAAACUUAUGCAGCGAUAUUGUUCAAAAAAUUAUUACUAAUCUUGUGACAAUAAAAUAUUUAAAUGCUACUAAAAUUAUAAAAAAAAAAUAAGCUACAUUACACCACAAAGUCAUAAAAGUAAAAAGUAUUCAGUUUAGAGAGAGAAAAUAAAAGAUUUUUAUUAAAAUUAUAA